UCAUCGCUUCCACAGCUUCCAUACACCUUAUUUGAGCUUAGACACUUAUACACUGCCUCUGUGGUCCUCGGACCACACCCCUUCACUUAGGCUCCACCCAAGGUGUGCCGCCUUAGCCUUGCGAUGCCAGCCAUCCUGUGCGUGUUCCUGUGUGUGUGGGUGCGGACGUGGGCGGCACCCUCCUCACCUGCAUCAGUCGGCGAGGUGAACGUGCUGAUGUAUGGGGUCCUGCAGUUUAGUGAGUCACUGCACCACGUGCACCAGAGCACCGGCGACAGGCUGUCUCACGCGACUCGCGCCAUCAGCCGCACCGAGAGCCUGCUGCAGCGUCUGGGACAUGACACAGAGCAAGCGUCCCGUGCUGAACGCCACAUCAAGGAGGGCCUCAGCCUUAUCCAGGCCCAGCUGGCAACGCUGGAGACGCAGGCUCAGCAAACCAGAGGAUUGGUCAACAGGGUGGUGCAGGAAGAGGCGGAGUUUAAGGACAAACUGGCCAAUCUGGAGGCGAGGCUGAACAGUUCCACCCCUAGCAGGAUCAGAGAUCUAAAGGAAGCGACGCAGAGGCACAGCAUCCUCCUCGGAGAACUGAAAAGCUGGACAGAGGCACAGAGGCGAUGGCUGCGGGAGCAGAACCAGCAGCUGGUGGAGCUCCAGGAGCAGAGCCUGGUGAGUCAGCAGGGCCACCCUUCCCUGCCCACCCCCAGGCCCCGCAGCUGGUAGAACAGGCCACUCACGCCAGGGCCUAACGUCUCUUCACAGGACGCGUGGUAACAGCCAGCCCCAUCCUCAUGCUGGGAUGUGCUCCCUUGCCAAGGAGGUGCUGAGCUCUUCAUCAACACUCCCAUUAUGGCGACCAAGCAUGUGUACCAAUACCAAAUCCAACAUGCUCUUUCAAAAACACAAGGACUUACUUAAACAUAUCUUAACCUUUUUGAGGAGGACUUACAGAUAUAUCUUAACCAGCAUGACAUUUUAGAUUUAAUACACUGUGCUUUUGUUUUCUAACUUCAUAAAUUAAAAUAAACUAUGAUUAGUAAAUUAUUAA